UCUCGCUUUAGUUAUCAAAAGAUAUCAAAAAUGAACAAGGAUAAACGCGCCUACCACAACGAUGGAUUCGAAAUAACCGAAGAUUUCGAAAAUGUUAAAAGGAAUAAAACAAAUGAAGUUGAAAAAAAAGACAAACUACGUCGUUCUUUGGUUUGUCAUCAAAAUAAUAAGCUGGAAUAUCGUAACACAAUAGAUGGAUAUAUUGAUAUGAUUGUCGCUACAGACUCGGAUGAUUACGCAGGAGCCGGCUCCAUAUCUAGUGAUGUAUUUCGGAAUAUCAAUUCAAGAAAAAUUAAAAGAAAUGAUGAUGAUAAAAUUGAGCCAGACAAGAGAAUCCGUCCGAUGUCUUCUUCAAGUUCUGAUAGUUACUAUACAUUCAGUGGUCUCGCUUACAAAAGCUUUAACGAAAAGUCAGUGAAGAAAUCUUGGACGCGUCAGUCGUUGCGUGAUGAAAAGUAUGAAGAAAAACUGCCGAGCAGCCAGGAGCUGAACCGGAGCCAAUACUCGCUGGUGUCAUGCGGCGAGCUGACUGCUGAAGCCAUCCAGCUGUGGCUGGGCUUGCCCAAGAAGAUCAAGUACGACCCAGAGUUAGCGCCGUUCAGGCAACGAUAUGAAAAAGAAUUUGGUAACCUCGAGAACAUUCCUCUCUCUUCGAACCAGUCAUCAAAUGGCUCCGCGCCGGAGACAAAGCGUCUGCCUCUCGUCAAGUCUGCGCCGCAUCUCAACAACAACAAUAUCAAAACUGUAUCUGCCAAUGACGACGGUGUUAAUAUUAAAGACCCAGAAAAAGCAAAUAAUUUCAGCAAAAAUGGCGAAAAGGAGGAGAAGGGACAAACGCAUAAACAUUCAACAAAGAUGGCCAAAGCGAGGCAUUACGUAAAGAUGAUGCUGCUAAUCGCCUCCUGGAUCUUCUUCACAAUUGUCUUCAUGCUUUACAAUGAAAAAGAGGAAAUCAAGAGAAACACAUUCGUGGGACCUGGCGAAAUUAAAGAUUACCUAUUUAACGCAUCUGAGAUUGACAAUUUGUCGGUGCUAGUGAAAUUAUCUGGUCCCUUUCUACCGGAGCAUAUGGAAAAACAUCUGAACUCUACGGAACUGGAGGCCGCUCAGAAGAUGACCGUGUGGCUCGAAAGAUGGUCUGCAAGUGAUGGACCUCCCGUGAUAUCCAAGAAUAAAGAAGUAACGGCUUCCGAGAAAUGGUCUGUGUUACUGCAAGAAGACAGAUUCCUCGAUUUCAGUCAGGGGGAGCGACGUACAUCCACAAUUAUAUUAGGGAAGAAUGCUUCAAGUGCCAACUCCUCGUCUGUUCACAUGAUCCGAAUGCAGACCACGUCCAAACAAACUAUACCUCUGACUGUGAGCUACACUGUGAAUCCGAUAGAUGUCGCCAGCGGGGUUACCUACGCCUGUCUCCUGCUCUGCGGUUUGUACGUGCUGAUCAUAUUUGAGAUAAUAAACCGUACGAUGGCGGCCAUCAUCGUCUCAUCAAGCGCUCUGGCGGUACUCGCACUGGUGGGAGAACGACCUUCCGUACCUGAGCUGGUCUCUUGGCUGGAUGUGGAGACUCUGCUGCUACUCUUCAGCAUGAUGCUGCUGGUCGCCAUCACUGCUGAGACAGGCAUUUUUGAUUUCCUCGCUGUCUUCACGUUUGAGGUGACAAGAGGCAAGUUGUGGCCGCUGAUAUCGUUGCUGUGCGCCAUCACCGGCUUGCUCUCCACUUUUCUAGACAACGUCACCACCGUCCUCCUCAUGACACCGGUCACCAUCAGAUUAUGUGAAGUAAUGAACUUAGACCCGAUCCCCAUCUUGAUGUCUAUGGUGCUGUUCAGCAACAUCGGGGGCACGGCCACACCCGUCGGGGACCCCCCCAACGUUAUCAUUGCCUCUAACAAAGCUGUUGUACAAUCUGGUAUAAACUUCACCAACUUCACGCUGCACAUGACGCUGGGUAUUGUGCUGGUCUGUGUGCAGACUUACUUCCAGCUGCGCUACAUCUACAGAGACACCAGCAAACUCAGGCUCAACGUGCCCAGAGAUAUACAAGAUCUUCGUCACCAAAUAUCAAUCUGGCGCCGUGCGAUCGAGUCCCUGCCACACUUGAGCCAGGACCAGCAGGUGGUGCGGGAGAGGCUGGAGCGGAAGGUUGCCAAGCUCAACCUUAAGCUGACCGCGCUGGAGAAGGAGAGCAUCAAGAGGGUAUUCCCCAAGGAGACCUUCCAGAGUACGCUGGUCGAGUUGAAGGAGAAAUACAAGAUCCGGGACAAGGCGCUUCUUAUCAAAGCCUCGAUUGCGAUCAGUUUCGUCGUCAUCGUUUUCUUCCUCCACUCAAUUCCUGAGCUCAACCGCGUGUCCCUGGGCUGGACGGCGCUGCUCGGCGCCAUCUUGCUGCUGACGUUGGCAGACCGCGAGGACUUGGAGCCGAUACUACAUCGGGUGGAGUGGUCUACGCUGCUGUUCUUCGCUUCGUUGUUCGUAUUGAUGGAGGCGUUAUCGAAGUUAGGUCUCAUAGAAUUUAUCGGUGGUCUAACGGAAUCAAUUAUCCUCAAAGUGGACGAGAGUGCCAGGCUGGCUGUAGCGCUUUUGAUGAUGUUAUGGGUGUCGGGGGUCACAUCAGCGUUUGUAGACAACAUCCCACUGACUACAAUGAUGGUGCGUGUUGUCACCACACUGGGUUCCAACCCGCAAUUGGGGCUGCCCAUGGCACCUUUGAUUUGGGCUCUUUCAUUCGGAGCCUGCUUGGGAGGUAACGGCACUCUGAUCGGCGCGAGCGCGAACGUGGUGUGCGCCGGCGUGGCGGAGCAGCACGGCUACCGCUUCUCCUUCCUGCAAUUCUUCCGCGUCGGCUUCCCCGUCAUGAUCGGUCACCUCCUCGUCGCCUCCGUCUACCUCCUCCUCUGCCACUGCGUCUUUUCAUGGCACUGAGAGUUACAUAAUAAAUUAAGAUGAAGUAUCCUGGGUGAGAUUUGGAUUUUCUAAAAUGUAAAAAAAGUGUGUGAAAAAUGAUAGUUUUCGAUACAUAAAUUUGUGUAUACCUAAUACCUAAUAAUUUCGCAAGUUCUCGUUACUUAUUAAUGCUAUCGA